CGGACCACCUGGCUCGUACCGGGAAUUACUUGACGGGUUCCGGCCGCGCCGAUGUAGCGUCUGGACUCCACUCGGGGCCUCGCAGGCUUCAAGAACCUCGCGGAAUGGUAAUCGGACCCUAUUCCCAUCGCGAUCGCCGUGCCUCUGCGAGGACGUCGGGACGCCCGCGGCGGACGCUGCGGGAAAGAUCUAACUCUUCCUCCUCGGCGUUUCCACGUUGAGCCGGGUUUCCUCGGGGGAAAGCGUAUGCCUGAGAGUCUCGUGUCCCUCAUCGCGAUCCGGAGGGUACACCGGACUGUGGGGAUGUUACGUUCACCCCGAGAGAAGCCGACGACGUGUGCACUCGUGAGCAGCGUAUCCAUAGCGACGUAUGUAUGUACCCGGAAAGGAGUAAAAAUGUCCGACCGACAUCAAUGGAUGGAUCGCGACGUAAUGCAGGAUUCGUUUGGCUGUGAGCGAGUACUCGAUAUGUUCGAUGCAGAUGGGUUUCGGAGAAAUCGAUGCGCCACAGGACGUACCGUCACCGAUGUAUGAAACUUUAACGAGAUCACUUGCCAGGUUGUGCGUCGCAACGGAUUUUUAUGGAGAUGUGAUUUCGAUCUGAACGGUUUGCGUUUCUCGCGAUUCCCCUUUCCCGUUUUGCACGUUCUUUUUGGAUUCGAAGUUCGAACGAGAGCGGUAGCGAUGUAAAAGAUAUCGAUACGCAAAGCUUCAUUCUCCAUUCGUGAUUGGGACCGUUGUUGCCGCCAAUAUUGCGGAUUGCGGCUCCGCAUACGGGCCGAAGAAAGUCUGGAACACGAAAUUUGAAGCUGCGGCGAUCCCGGCGUACGGCAUAAUAUUUCGCUGUUUUACGGCCGUGAUAAACAUGCCAGUUUACAAGUUUCUUUUUCGCGCGCGUGAACGAUACACGGCCAAUUUUUCGCACGCGCCACGCGUAUCCGCCAUCAAUUUAUCCGCAUCGUGGGCGCGACAGGACGUUCGCGAAGGCGUAUAAAAUUCGGUGGCGGACAGUUACGCGCAACGAGGCUGAACCAUUUUACAUCGCCGUCACUCGUGAACGCGAUAACGAACGGACGGCGGGGAAAAAAAACGAAGGACGACGGUAUUUUUAGCCAGAGUCCUUCGGCAAAAAGCUCGUCGCACGCACAGCGUUAACCGGCUCGCAGGUGCUUCGAGCGACAAUGACGAUGACGAUGCUACCUGUUAAUCCGCUCAUUCCGAGAGCCGGCCGCAUUUAAUUACGCAUUUUUCCAGACGCCUUUAUCGACGAGGUGCACCAUCGAACAUCAUCAAACGACGACGAAAAUCGGUCAUUAUGAACGAGACGGCAGCGUCGUGGUUUCGUUUACCGACGAACGACGCGUGAAUUGGAAAGUUUAUCGCGUCGACCCGCGCGCGCGGGGCCCCGGGAUCGUCGAACCCACCGCCUCGUGUCCUCGAGAGCCUCGAUCUCGAUACGAGGAGGUGAGGCCCUCCUCGGAACCGGUCGUGACCGUACCUACGCGAGACGUCGUUAAUGCCGCGCGAGAGCGAAUCCACCUACGAGCCGUGGGGGUGACCGCGUCCCGCCGCUCGUAAGCAGCCCGAAAAGAAAGCAGUAAGUCGAUCAGCGGAGAGAAGGCGAGAGAAGAAGGGAGAGACCGGGAGAAAGACAGGGAAAUAACCGCGGACCGAUAAUAAGCGGUCGUGAAUCCCGAAGACCCGAAGAACGAGGGAAGAGGAGGGCAGGGAGGAUCCUGCCGACCCUCUCUCGUUAUCCACGCCACACGGCGCCCGGGCGUGACGUCAUCGCGCACGCGGGUAUGCCUACAUGUAUAUGUGCAUGUACGUGUGUGAUCUGUCGGGGGAUGCAUCACGCGCCACGUGCAACCACACCUGUGUGCACCCACACAUGAGAGACGCGAUUUCUCAUGCAAAUAUGCUGCGUGUACGUAUACGCGUAUACACACAUACGUACACCUCGCUCGCGUGAGCGCGCGGGUCGGCAUAGUCGGUUCUCGUGCGGUUGCACGCGGAGCGAGCGAGAGAUGCACGACGCUGCACGGCUCGCCCGCGUAUAAGUGGCGGGAGCGCGCGGGGGAACCCGAGGGGACCGCGGACCGGUAGCUUCGCCGUCGAGUCUCGGCGGAAACGCACGAACGCUCCUCUCGCCCUCCGCUCUGCCCCUCUUGUUACCGUAGCCACGGCGACUCGACCUCGCCUCCGUCGACUUCGGAGCGCUCUUCGGGUCUCCCCGCUCGGCUCGGCUCGGCUCGCGUCGCGAGUCAGUGCGUUCGUGACCGUUGUCGGAGCUGGAUCGCAGCGCGUUCUCGUCGGCGCACGUGUCAUCUCCGUCGUUUUACGCUCCCGUCGGUCGUGAGCGGCCGCGUUGGUUCGCGCACUCGCUCUUCGGAGCUCGGCGAAGCGUUUGUGAAGAAACUGCCGUGCAUGCGCGUGAUUCCGAGCACGCAGGCACACACGACGUGUCACGUGCGCGCGUGUUUACGGAUCCGAUUCAGUGUGCCUGCCUGCCGACACUACUGCUGCAUCGCGUGUAUACACGCGUCGCUCCGCCAGCAGGCCUCCGUGCAGCAACAGCCAGCGAGCCAGCAAACGAACUGCCGACACAACGAACGAGAUCGCCGCGCAUUCUCCGAGAGCCGAGAACUCGGUUUUUAUCUGGACGCGUUGGGAUAAUGGAUUAAUCGUCGGCGGGAGUAAGCGACUCCGCGACAGCACACCGCGGCCAGAACGGAGUUCGGUAUAUCGAGCGUCCGCGAUAAAUCAAGACGGGCAGUUAUGCGAGCUAUGCAGUCAUGAGUCAAACGUCCUUGAAUACGAGACCCGUGAGACGGACGAAGCUGUUUCCCGCACGAACGAUGGCGAGCACGCUGCUGGUGUUGCAGAUGUUGCUGGUGUUGGCGGCUCCAUUGUUGGACGCACGACCGGAAUCGCCGAUAAGUCCGGUAGGUAGUGUCAUCGGCUCGGGAUCGGGCGUGUCAUCGUCUUCAUCUUCGUCCUCGUCUGGUGGCUCAUCUUCAUCGUCGGUGAUCGACGUGGUAUCCGAUGGCGGCACCGGUUCUGGCGGAAACGGGGUGGGUAGCAACGGUAACGGCUUGAUCGGUAGCGGUAAUGUUGUCGGCAAUGGCGGUGGCGUAAACAGCGGUGGCGGCCACUCCGGUCUCGGGGCUGGCAGCAACAACGGCUAUGGCCGCUGCGAAGAGAUCACGAUCCCCAUGUGCCGCGGUAUCGGCUACAAUCUCACCGCUAUGCCAAACGAGCUGAAUCACGACACGCAGGACGAGGCUGGCUUGGAGGUGCACCAGUUCUGGCCUCUAGUAGAGAUCAAGUGCUCACCCGACCUCAAGUUCUUCCUGUGCUCGAUGUACACGCCAAUCUGCCUGCCAGAGUACACGAAGCCACUGCCGGCGUGCCGCAGCGUGUGCGAGCGGGCACGCGCCGGUUGCGCACCCUUGAUGCAACAGUAUGGCUUCUCGUGGCCAGAGCGAAUGGCGUGCGAGCGGCUACCAAAUCAUGGGGAAGAUCCAGAAAACUUAUGCAUGGAACAAGACAAUCGUACUAGCACCGCGGGUGCCGGAAGCGGCGGGUCAAAUGGUGGUGCUGUGAGUAGCGGCGCCCCCGCGCCGCCAGGUCCUCCGGCGCGGCCCACGAGGCCCAGCAAGACGUCACAGCCGGCUCGUUGUAAGCCGGGGAAGAACCAAAAAAACUGCCAGCACCCCCCAGGGGAGAGGACGAGGGAUUGCGCGUGCAGAUGCAGGGCGCCCCUCGUGCCUCUGGGGGCGGCGGGCGCGGUGAUGCCAGGGCCGAUCGGCGGCGUCAGCGGCAGCAUCAUCGGGAGCGGCAGCAGCGGGGUCAGCGCGGGGGCUGGUCUGGCAAGCAUGGGCGUAAAUGGAGUAAUACCAGCGCCGGCGCCACCAUCGAUGGUGGGCAUCGGGGGCCGAAGCAUCAUCCAGGAGAUCGUGGGAGUGCCGGACUGUGCCCUACCGUGCCGCGGCGCGUUCCUCACCAACGAAGAGCGCGAAUUCGCGGCCGUCUGGCUGGCACUGUGGAGCGGCCUGUGCGCCGCCAGCACGCUCGUGACCGUCAUCACGUUUCUGAUCGACACCCAACGUUUCAAGUAUCCUGAGCGUCCGAUCGUCUUCCUGUCGGCGUGUUACUUUGUCGUGUCAGUGGGCUACCUGUCGCGCAGCAUCUUCGGCCAUGAAGAGAUCGCUUGCGAUGGUCCGGCACUCAAAUCGGGUGCUCAGGGCCCGGGCGCUUGUGUCACCGUUUUCCUCAUGAUCUACUUCUUCGGCAUGGCAUCCUCCGUGUGGUGGGUGAUCCUGACGUUUACUUGGUUCCUCGCGGCGGGCCUGAAAUGGGGCAACGAGGCAAUAGCGUCAUAUUCGCAGUACUUCCACCUGGUGGCGUGGUUGGCGCCGACUAUACAGACGGUCUGGGCAUACGUCGCAGGCGGCGUGGCCGGCGAUCCGGUGGCUGGUGUGUGCACGGUCGCUCCUGAAGGUGUGCGCAACUUCAUCCUGGCGCCUCUCUUCGUCUAUCUCUUGCUCGGCACCAGCUUCUUGCUCGCUGGUUUCGUCAGCCUCUUCCGGAUCCGUUCGGUGAUCAAACGACAGCCCGGAGCCAAGGCUGACAAACUCGAGAAGUUUAUGAUUCGGAUCGGCGUGUUCAGCGUCCUCUACACACUACCGGCCGGUGUGGUGUUGGCUUGUCACAUCUACGAGUCGUCCCUGCGGGACGAGUGGCUAGGUUCGCUGGCGUGUCCCUGUCGGCCACGCGCGAGGCCGCUCUACUCUGUUCUGAUGCUGAAGUACUUCAUGGCACUCGCGGUCGGCAUCACCUCGGGAGUCUGGAUCUGGAGCGGCAAGACGGUUGAUUCCUGGAAGAGACUGUGGAGGCGUCUGUUUGGCGGUGAUCACCCGGGCGGUCACAUGGGCGCUGGCGCCGGCAUGAUCGCUGGCGUGACCGGUGUCGGCGUCGGCAUCGGUGGCGUCGGCAUCAAGGGCGUCGUGGGACGCGGAGUCGCGGUGCCAUACCCGUCAGCACCAGGUCCCGGUAGUGCUCUACUACCUCCUGGCAGCGUUGCGAGCGCCUCUCAACAUCAUCUGCACCAUCAUGUACUCAAGCAACCGCCACUCUCGCACGUAUGACGUCACCAGUCGGCGGGAGGCGACAUGAACACCGCUGGGUGCGGCGAGCAGCAGCCACAGCAGCAGGAGCGACCUUCCGCCCUCAGCAACUAUGGGCCCAUCUAGCCCUUCGCCUCGGCCUCGCGCAGGCACAACGCGACGCCGCAUGCGACGCCGCACACAGCGCCGCACACGCCACACUCGGCGGCGACCAUCUACUCCAGGAGGUCGCUCGCGUCCACGACUGGGCCGUUGACACCGGCUCAUGGAAUCGCGCCCUCCUACACGCAGGCGACCGAGGUAUGAGAGAGUGUCGGUGAGUCGCGCACGUGGCGAAUGGACGUCGCCGGCGGCCCACCGACGUCAUCAGACGCCUCCUUCGCGCGAUGGACGGCGAGCGGCCGCGGUGCUUCUCGAUUACCGGAUAUACGUAUUAGUUUGUACGCGUCUUCUACCGCGAUAUCGAGGGAUCUUCCCUCUAGCCCGAUUUAUCAGCGAUUCAUUUGAGUGUAGUCGUCAGGAAGAUCAAGGGUUCCACCGUCUUCCGUGAAGAAAUUCGCUAACGAAUAAAGGACGAUCAGUGUAGCAAAGAAACAGCUAGACGUCAUCAGCAACCAGGGAGGGUCACUCGAGUGUCGCGGCAUAGUGAGAUUGUGAUUUAGCGAAAAGACUUGGUGAGCGCGCGCUCAAGGACGUCCAUGAGACGCGCGCGAAAGCAGUGGACCGAUGUCGAUAGAUUUCUCUGUCCUUAUUCGUAUCUGUCUGUCUAUCUAUCUAUCUCUCUAAUCUUUCUUACAUUCUCGUGAAGCGGCGCCCUGCGUGGGGCCCGCUACCGUGUCCGUCUAACGUAUAUCGUCUCGUCUAUUUAUCUAUCUAAUCUAGCGGUAAAGCAAGCCAGAAGUCGAGGGUGUGUACGCAGUGCGAGACGCCCACGCGGCAGCCUGCCUGUCUCUCCCAGUCCUCCGCGAGAGGGUGAAAACUGCCACGCGCUCCUCGACGUUUCUGGUGCGCUGGGGUCCUGGGCCUCCUCAACGAUCCCUCCUCUACCACUGCCACCCCUCGCGAUCAUGCGAUCGCGUGGCUCCGAAAGUAGCACCGGGAGAGGCGGGCUACCGCUGUCGGUGGCGAACACGGUGAAGAGCAGCGAGUGUACAGGAACAAACGCUGGAGUGACGAAGUGAUGGACUAUACUGUAAAUAUCGUUCUUAGGUGUUAGUCAAUGCGUUGUAUAUAAGUAAAAUAGUCGCCGGACGCGUUGCGUAGGGUGUCGCAAAGACGAUCACGCUCGUGGUGAGUGCCACUUGUUCGUGUUCCCCUCGCGCGAACGAUCGGCAAUUAUGAUUGCAUUGGAGAAGGCACGAUGUCGGGCGAUACAUUUCCUCGAGACAUAAUGUUUGCAAUCGAUUUGUUAAUAUUUAUUGUAAUCAUUCAGUAUAUUUCUUUGUUUUGUUUAAUUAGAGUUUAUUAAUCGUCUAAUUGCGUUAAAUCUUUCAAUUAAAAGUUGAAAAAUCGUCUGUUUGAUUUCUGUUUAUCGAAGUUUAAGAGAAAUGGAAAAAUUUAUAAAAAUGGAAAAAUAGUGGAAAUAUUGUCUCGUUAUUUAUAAUUCCUAAACAUAUUUCUCAUCAAAUUACAGAGAUAUAUUCUUUCAAUUUAAUGCUAAUGUAGUUUCUAAUGAACAUUCGAUCUAAAUCGAUUAAUUUCUGACAGAUUUUGCUCCCGCAGCUGCCGCAAUAAUGGGACGAUCGAGCGUCAUUACUGCCACGAGCGGACGAUUGUCACGGAAUUUGCUCCGGCGCGUUCGCAGGACGCGCGGCACGUAUAUAACAAGUACACAUAUAGAUGCGCGAAGGUCACAGUAUAAUUUAACACACAUCGGUGUACCAGGUCGAUCCUUUUUAUACUGUAGACAAGGCAGCGGCGUACUCUUGUCGCGAGACACCGGAUCACACUUGAUGUAAAGAACCAACGAUAACGACAAAAAAACAUAUGCGACGCUCUUUAUUUUUAUCGUACCUCGUGUAACGAUCAGCUCCUUCGCGCACGUGCCUCGAAGGAUCACGAGACGCGAUAGCGAGGAACGUGAAGAGGGUGAUCCCACCCCUCGCCGGGCGCGAAGGAGCGAGGAGGGAAAUCUACAUGCACCCCGGUAGGGAAAUUAUGCACGCGCGCGUACGGUAAGUCUUAUGUAAAUCCCGAUGAUCUAGAAGUAGUCCCGAACGGCGAGAUUACGCGCAAGAUGUAAUGGAAGCAAGCAACCCUUAAGUACGUAUCACACGUGCCAGUCACCUAGCGGUAUCCAGAAAUCCUCCAAUAUCGGAAAGCGCGACCGUAGAGGAAGAGAGAAAGAGGAAAGAAGAGAGCAUAGAACUGAGAUUGGAGAACUUCCGGCUGCAUCUCGCAGUAGAACCGCGAUCGGGAUUUGGUGACAAUCUUGGAUCGCUGCCCGAUCGCAUUUCGCUACGAGGUGCAAGCAGAAGGAUUGAAACACGAAAACUGCCUCGUCCGAUUUAAUUGCGUCGUUGUCUUAGAUCGGAGACCCUUGCCAAAACGGCACGUACGUAACGCGUAACGUCGUAAAGUAGCAAGAGCGAAGACGUCUUUUGCAGUUAGUGUUCACAUAUCACGCCAAUACAUAACUUACGAGAGUGGAGAGAGUGAAUCGGUGCGAUGCAAUGCGUUCGCGGGCAAGCGGGGGUAGAGAGCGAGAGAAAAGAGGAAUGCGAAUGCCUGUAGAGAAGAGAAAGAGUGGAAGAUAGAGAAAUACAGGGAAAAAAGGAGAAUUCUCUCUUACUUUCCCGCGCGAGCGACACGCCGUGGAUGUUGCGGAUGUAAAGAAAGCCAAUGAGAGGGGGAGUCUUUAUAGAUAUUUGUAAGCCACUUUUGUCACACUAAUUGUCAAUAAAACUGGGAAUACUGUAUAUGUAUAACGAGUGUGUUUCGAGAGCACGUGUUUUCGGCGAGUUUCCGCCGCCCCGUUCGUCAUCCUCGUGAGGCCAAAGCGCAGAAACGCGCGCGGUAUCGGAGCCGCUCUCUCUUUUCCAUUGGUUUCUUUCUCUGGUUCAGUUUUAUUGUUUGUCUCCUUCCUUCGUUCUCAUCCGUGCGUUUCCCGCGUCCGUGCAUUUACGUUCUGGUACGCGCAACGAGUUUCACGCGCGCCGCGGUCGUCCCCGACCGCUUUGUACAAUUUUUACGUUGCCAUAGUAACCGUAGAUGUAAUUGACCGCCGUCGGUCAGUCGGCAAAAAGUAUGAAUAUGGAAAACAAUAUAUAUAUAUGUGUAUAUAUAUAUGCACACGUCCCGCGUGUAUAUACAUACGCGAAUAUCCAAAAAUGUAUACGAUUUUUAAUACACUUUAUUAUUAUUUAA